AUGGAGGAGCGGCGAACCAAGGCCAGCGGGCUGAGCUGGGCAAGGAGAAUGGGGUCUCUGGUCCUGCACAUUGUGCUGAUGGGUGCCCAGCAGAGCGAGGCAAACGGAGUCUGCGGGAAGCCUCGCCUGAACCUGAACCGGCUGGUGAAGGGGCAGGACACGGUGCCGGGAGAGUUCCCCUGGCAGGCCAGCAUCCAGUGGAAAGGAGUCCACAUGUGCGGGGCGUCCCUGAUCAACGACGAAUGGGUGGUUACGGCCGCUCAUUGCUUCUUCCAGGCCCGGAACCUGACCCAGUACCGGGUGGUGCUGGGGGCCCACCAGCUGCUGAAGCCGGGCCCCAACGCGUGCGCCUGCCCGGUCCAGCGCAUUAUCACCAACUCCCGCUACGCCGGGCAGACCACGAGCGGAGACAUCGCCCUGGUCCAGCUGGCCAGGAGGCUGAAUUUCACUGACUACAUCCUGCCCAUCUGCCUCCCGGACGCCUCCGUCCAGUUCCCCCCGGGCAAAGUCUGCUGGGUGACCGGCUGGGGCCACGUGCGCUCCUGGGUGGACCUGCCGUCCCCGCAGACCCUGCAGAAGCUGCAAGUCCCCAUCAUCGACUCCAAGACGUGCCGGAACCUCUACCUCACCAACAUGCAGAACAGGCUGCCCCUCAGGAACAUCCAGGAUGACAUGAUCUGUGCCGGUUACGCCGAGGGCAUUAGGGACGCCUGCAACGGUGACUCUGGUGGCCCUAUGGCCUGCAUUGUGGGUGAUGUCUGGGUGCUGGCUGGAAUCGUCAGCUGGGGCGAAGGCUGCGCAAUCAGAAACCGCCCCGGAGUCUACAGUCGCCUCACCUCCUACCAAAGCUGGAUCCGGGAAUAUAUCCCCAACCUGGAGUUUGUCAAGGAGCCCAAAGGCCGGGAAUCCCGUGCUGUGGCAGACAUCAAGGGCCAAAAGCACCCUGGCGCUGGCUCGCCCAGCCAGGCUGCCUCUGUCAUUGCCAACACCCUGCUGCUCCUGGCCUGCCUGCUGUAUCUGAUUUAAAACCAAGGCAGGAGGACAGAGAAAAAGAGAGAAUUCCCCCACUCCUCUGUCAAGCUAGAAGGAAAAGGAAGAAGGAAUCUAUAGUUCUGGUCCAGUCUCCUCAGUGUUGGCUACCUAAAGGCCCUGGGUUUUAGCAUUCCCUUUGGGGAAGUAUUUUAAACAUUUAAAAACUAAGGAAAUUCCCAGCUAAAAAACUUUGUGAAACACUAUAAAUGUGUGUACACUC